AUGUCUUUCCAGUACAGUACUCAAUGUUUUUGUGGAAACAGUAUUGACCUCACCAAGCAAACGUCAGAGGGUGCUUGCGACAUGAGCUGUCGAGGAAAGCAGAGCGAGAAUUGCGGUGGCAUCUGGAGAAUGUCCGUUUACACAACAGAAUUUGCAAUUACGACUGAAAAUCUUGUAACUACCACAAAUGCUGAAAUCGAAACAUCAGCUGUAGACAUUCUCACUACAACUGAAUAUAUUGAAACGUCUGCACAAACUGAAAAAACAACUGUAGUUAUCCAUACUUCAACCGAAGAGACGAAUGUGACCAUGACAUUGUCAGAUGACAGUGAAAAUACCUCUUGUAUUUGUAAAUGUCAGACAUCCACCUGGGGUAGCUUAGCGAAUCUGACGAUGUCACAAAAACAGGAAAUACUGUCUGAACUUCAAGCUUUACUCACCGUAACGAAACAUACUACGUCCAUGUUUAGACGAAAACUUAUCAGCAAAUAUGAUUCGCGUCCAAGUAGCGUUACCAUGGGAUACGUAGCGAUUGCUAUUUUGUCAUCUGUAACUGCUAUGAUUGUCGUCCCCGACGUUAUCUGUUUGGUGUUGUCCGCGCAUAGGUGGCUCUGUUGUAGGAGUAGAGAGUAA